AUGUGGUCUAACAAGUUCGUGUUGUGUGCGUUUGUGGUCGCAUGGGCCAAAGCCGAACAAGAUGUUCAAUUAGAAAUUCCUCAGGGAUUUCUAAAGGGCCUAAAGGCUAGUACUGUAAUGCAGAACAGGGCAUACUACAGCUUUAAAGGGAUACCCUAUGCAAAGCCCAAUGUUGGCCUUAAUAAAUUCCAGAUGCCGGAGCCAGCAGAAUCUUGGGAAGGCACGUACGAUGGGACCUAUCAUCGUUCGUCUUGUCCUUUCUUUUGUACGAUACAACAAGAUAUAGUUGGCGAGGAAGAUUGUCUUUUUCUUAACGUUUACACUCCGGUAUUGGACAAAGAGGCUUGUAAAGCUGUUAUGGUAUGGUUCCAUGGCGGUAAUUUCAAUCAUGGCAUGGGCGAUGAUACAUUCUAUGGUCCUGAUUUUUUAAUCGAGCAAGAUAUUGUUCUUGUGACGCUUAAUUAUAGACUAGGUGUAAUUGGAUUUUUAAAUACUGGUGACAAGAAUGCGCCUGGUAAUGCUGGUCUAAAGGACCAGGUAAUGGCGCUGAAAUGGGUCAAGGACAACAUACAUUAUUUCGGUGGUUGCCCCAACCGAGUUACGAUCUUUGGCGAAGAUGCAGGCGGAAGUUCCGUCCAGUUUCACAUGAUGUCUCCUAUGUCCGAUGGUCUAUUUAAUAAAGCUAUUUUGCAAAGUGGAAGCGCGGUAAAUACAUGGGCGAUAUCUUACGACGCCAGAGACGUAGCCUUCAAAUUGGGCGAGAAGCUCGACAUUGAGACUACCAAUUCUGCUGAGCUAGUUGCUAGACUCGCAGAAUUUUCUUCAAAAGAAUUAAUUGCGGCCAGUGAUGAUUUACCCUUCCUUAAACAAAGCGCCAUGAACGGCCGCACCGAAGCGUUUAUUCCAUCGGUGGAAGCUGACGUAGGACAAGAGAUAUUUCUGCUGGCCGAUCCCUGGACGCUUUUGAAAUCCGGAAAAAUUGCCGACGUGCCCGUUAUGGCCGGAUUUACGGCCGACGAGUCUUCCUUCUAUGUGCAGAUGAUGCUCGGCAAUAUCGACCAGAUAAAUGAGCACUUCGAAAACUUCCUGCCGAACGACUUGAAUAUAACCGAUGCUGGGCAGAAGAACCAACUAGGUGAAAGCUUGAAGAGCUACUACUUUGGGGAUAAAUUGAUCUCCACGGAAACCACGAAAGAGUUCAUGAUGAUGUUAGACGACGUCAUGUUUGACGUAGGGAUCGCACUCAGUUUAGAGGUAUUAAGUUCCCGAAUUUCGUCUCCAAUUUACCAGUACAUAUUCUCUUACGAAGCUCCGUUCGGUAUGAUAAAAUCUUUAGUCCAAGUGGAGGACGGCGCUGCUCAUGGUGACGAUUUGACUUAUGAAUUUUAUUCGGACGCGUUGAAAAACGCGCCACAACCAGAUUCCCCCGCUGAGAAGAUGGUUCGCAUUUAUACCACGUUAUUGGCGAACUUUGCAAAAGAUGGAAAUCCUACAUCAAGUACGAAUGAAUUUGUGGACGUAAAUUGGGAGCCCAGAGGUAUAGAAGAUAACUACAUGAAUAUUAAUCAAGAGUUAAAAAUGGAGAAAGGUUUACUACAUGAUAGGAUUGAUUUCUGGAAGGAUUUAUACAAACUUGUUCUCGGCUAACAAAAAAAAAUACAUACAACGUUACGAGAAUGCGAUAUAAAUAUACUGGUCACUUGGAAGUUUAUG